AAUUCAUAUAUCUAUAAAAUUCAUAACGAAAGAUUAAAAGUAAAUAAAUUUGUGCAUAGUUACUUGCUAUUUAUAUCGUUCAAACUUGAAAGAUUCUGUAGUUGCUUUCUCUUUCGGAUCAACCACACCCGCUUUAAAAACAUGCUCAGAAAAACUACCACUUUUUCCCGCCAACUCAGCUUUCAGAAGCAACUGCAAUGGCAGCAGCAACAGCAGCCUCUUAAAGAGCGACUAUUGAUCAUCUUAAAGCAAUGUGUUUCAACCAAAACAGUUCAACAAAUUCACACCCAAAUGCUCAUACACUCUGUAGACAAACUCAAUUUCCUACUUGCCAAGAUUAUUGAUCUAAAAGAUUUCGAUUACUCCUACCAUUUAUUCACAUCAAUGCACGAACCAAAUGACUAUGCUUUCAAUGUCAUGAUUCGUGGCCUAGCAACGUCGUGGAAGAAGUUUGAUCUUACUUUAGAACUCUAUUAUAAGAUGAAGGGUUUAGGCAUAAAGCCCAAUAAUUUCACGUACCCGUUUUUCUUUAUCGCGUGUUCAAAUCUAUUGGCGCUUGAACACGGUAGAUUAGGUCAUUGUAUGGCGUUGAGAAGUGGCUUAAUGGUGGAUUGUCACGUGAGGCAUUCAUUGAUCACCAUGUAUUCCAUGUGCAGUGCGUUGAGUUGUGCACGGAAGGUGUUUGAUGAAAUUCACGAGAGAGAUCUGGUGUCAUGGAACUCAAUGAUCUCUGGGUAUUCACAGAUGGGUUGUCCAACGGGUGCUUUGGACUUGUUUGAGAAGAUGAAAGGUGAAGGAUUUGAGCCUAAUGAAAUGACUUUAGUUAGUGUUCUUGGGGCUUGUGGGGAUUUGGGAAAUUUGAGUUUGGGGAGGCUUAUUGAGGAUUAUGUUGUGGAUAAUAAAAUGAAGGUGAAUUCUUUUAUUGGUUCAUCUUUAAUUGGUAUGUAUGCAAAGUGUGGGGAUUUGGUGUCAUCAAGGAGAGUUUUUGAUAAAAUGACAAAGAAAGAUUUAGUAACAUGGAACUCCAUGAUUACAGGGUAUGCACAAAGUGGAUUAUCACAUGAAGCAAUUUCAAUCUUCAACAUCAUGAAAGAAGAAGGCGUAAAAGCAAAUAAUAUCACAUUAAGUGGAGUUUUAUCUGCAUGUGCAUCACUUGGUGCUCUUGAUGUUGGUAAAUCAAUAGAUGAAUAUGCAUCAAAAAAUGGUCUACAACAAGACAUAUAUGUAGCCACUGCUUUAAUCGACAUGUAUGCUAAAUGUGGGAGUGUAGACCAUGCAUUUCAAGUUUUUGAAAACAUGCCUUUCAAGAACCUUGUCACAUGGAAUGCCAUGAUUUCUGCUUUUGCUUUCAAUGGAAGGGCAAAAGAGGCAAUAUUGUUAUUUAACAGAAUGUCGGUUUUCCCUGAUGAUGUAACAUUUGUGGGAGUUUUAUCUGCGUGUGUUCAUGGUGGAAUGGUGAGAGAAGGGCGUAAAUUCUUUGACUUGAUGACAUCAUCUUAUAAAUUGGUUCCUAAAAUCGAGCAUUAUUCUUGCAUGGUGGAUCUUUUAUCCAGGGCAGGUUUGGUAAAUGAAGCAUGGGAUUUUAUACAAAAAAUGCCUGAAAAACCGGAUGAAAUUACAUUAGGUGCAUUGCUUGGAGCGUGUCAGAAAGUUGGAAAUUUAGAUGUUAGUGAAAAGGUGAUGAAGGUUUUAUUAGAGAUUGAACCUAAAAAUUCUUGGAAUUAUGUGAUUUCAUCACAAAUAUAUGCAAAUUCAAAUAGGUGGGAUGAUUCGGCUAAAAUGAGAUUACUUAUGAGACAAAAGGGUGUCACCAAAGUUCCUGGUUCUAGUUGGAUUGAAGUUCAUGGUCAAAUUCAGGAGUUUCGUGUUGGUGAUGAUUUACAUAUUGAUUCAGAAGAAAUUUAUAAAUUGCUUGAAUUUUUAUAUAUUGAGAUGAAGUUAAAAGGUUAUGUGGUGAAUACCAAUGUUGUGAAAGGCAAGAACAAGAAGUUGUCUUGCUCAUGAAGGGUUUGAAGAAACUUUAUAUUAUGAAAGUUCAAUGAAAGAUCCCGAAGAGAGCAAUGAGUUAAAUCUUGCUUCCAAUGCAUCCUCAAGCAUGACAAGCUUUUUAGAGCUUCUUUUUUUUUUUAUAAUGAGGAGGAGGACAGGGCAUUUGCGUCUUUUGCAUGCAUGAGAGAUCAAGAGUGAAUAUUUGUCCCAUAGUGUUCCACCUUAAAAUUUACAUUAGUCUCAUUCUGUGUCCAGUGCUCGCCAAACACAGUACAGUCUGUCAUGUCAUAUCAUGCGGGUGCAUCAAAUACCUUUCAUUCAAAAAAAAAAGGGGUAGUGCAAAACAUGCCCAUUUUAUAUGUCAAUGCUCAUCUUAGAGCCCAUGAAGAUCACCAAAUCUUUUACACAUUCAACUCAUUUGUUUGAUAUGUAUUUGAGUUAUGAGUUCAACUUAUAGUUCUUUAAUGUUUGCCAA